AUGGCGAUGACCGACCGAGUCGUGGGCGAAUUCAUAUACAGCCUGACCCGGCGACAGCAGUUCGUCAUCCGCAAGGGUCACCAAGUGAGCCUUCAAGUGGAGGGGACAGCUGAAGCCCAAUGGCCAUGGGCCUGUGCAGAUUGGCUCGUAGCUGAAGUACCCGAAAGCCCGGGUCGCUACUACAUCAAGGCACGGGAAGAUGACACUGUGUUGGCCUUGGACGGAACGCGGGAUCUGGUUCUGAAGCGCUUGGAACGAGCGGAGACUUGUCCAGAAGCUGAGUGGCUGCUACCUGUCGUGGUGGGAAGACACACCAGGCGGUGUGGCUUCAAGUUCCGUGGAGUUCGUCAAGUUCAGAGUGCGAGAAUGGAUAGUUGUUACCUGCACAUCAACGCAGAUGGGGAUCUUCAAGCUGGCUGUGUCGAUCCCCUAUCUGAAGAAUCGAUGUGGGAGAUCCUAUCCAUGGACUCCCAGCGAUGUGUCUGGCUGCGAAACACGUGCCUCCCAUCUUGCAAGCUUGCCUGUGAGAGUCAGACGAUUACUCCGGGCUCACCUCUGGAAGCCGCGACCAUGGAACAUGGUUGCUGGACGUCUUUGUGGAAGAAGCUUCCUGCUGGGAGUGGUUUGAUCAGGUUGCAGAGCUUCUUCUUCCCUUCCUUCUUAUUGGGCGUCGAACAGAAGGAAGUUGUCUGUCAGUUCUUCGAAGAUGGGCAGGAGGAGCUGUGCAUCUGGCGGGAAACUGAAGUGGAUGCCAUCUCUUCCAUCAUGCUUGAGGCGGCGUCGUUGCCCGGAUGCUUCUUGGGAAUCGGCUCCAAUUGGCGCAUCACUUUGAAGAGUGCAGGUGAAUGGGGCUUUCUAACAUCGCGCUGGUGCUUUCGGGAAGUGCCAGAGAGAUGGCGGGAGCCGCUUCAAAGCACUGCGUUGUGGAUGCCACUGCCACGUCUGCCGAUUGACUUAGACCUCCUCAAGGUGCAUCCCAGCAAGCCGGGAUGGGCGAAUCGAGUAUGUCAUUUCCUUCGGACGCAAGGAUGUGCUGUGGUCGAGGAUAUCCUUUCUGUAGAAGCGAUCUACCGCUACUCCUUUGGAGUAGCGCAGAAGACACGUCAGAUGUUGCACCACCGAAGCGUGGCGGUUCAGCUACUGAACAACAGCUUUGUGGCGGAAGUAAUUCAAAGAUGCUAUGGCGAAGGCAAUGUUGUGGUUUGGGGAGGUGGAGGUGAGCUCGUUUGUGCGCAGAACGAUCAGUUUCAAGAGCUGCACUCGGACAUCGCAUUCGGUGCGGGCGAAAGUUACGUGUCCGAAACGACCGCUCCCCACAUGGUCGCCAACUUACUUCUUGACGACCUGGCAGCAGACUUUGGGGCGACGCGCCUGCUCCCUGGCACGUUCAUGCGGCGCGAAAACUAUGACUUGGACGACUGGGAGACCCAGGAUCCUUGGUGGCAGCUGGCGCCUUUGCCUCGGGGGGCUGUGAGGACCUGA